GCCGCAGCCACGUAAACACCGGUUUGCUCGUUAGCUGUUAGCCUCCUCGAUGCUAAGGCUCAGUUCGGAAGCUGAGAAUCUUUCAGCUUUCCUCAUGGUUGUGAUUCCUCUUUCCAGGGCCUGGAGGAGACUGUCCCCGCUGUAAGAUGUCCAUGGUGCUGUUUGCCUCGGUGGUCCGGGUCGGGGACGGGCUGCCUCUCUCCGCCUCCACGGACUACGAGCAGGGCAAGGAGCUGCAGGAGACCAAGAAGCACCUCAAAGGCCUCUCCAAGAAGCUGGGCCAGUUUCCUGACCGCUGCACCCUGAAGGACGGACCCUUCAAUGUCAACUUCACCAGCUCGCUGGGCGUGGGCUACCUGAUGGUGUGCACGGCCAGCUACCCCAACAUGCUGGCCUUCUGCUUCCUGGACGAGCUGAUGAAGGAGUUCAUCGUCACGUACGAAACCAGGCGCAUCAGCGGCGCCGUGCGGCCGUACUCCUUCAUCGAGUUUGACACCUUCAUCCAGAAGACCAAACAGCGCUACAACAGCCCUCGCUCGCUGUCCACCAAGAUCAACCUGGCUGACAUGCAGACGGAGAUCCGGCUGCGCCCGCCCUACCAGCUGUCCCCCGAGGACCUGCGAGCCAUCAACGGAUUCUCGCUGCACGCCGCCUCCAAGUACAAGGGCAUAGCUCCCACGCAGAUGCUGCAGCCGGUGUCCCUGCCGGGCGUGGUGUCCUGUGUCCUCAGUGUCCUGUGUGGAGGCCUGAACCUGCUGCGAGGCGUCCAUGCCAUCGAGAGCAUACUGCAGAACGAGGACGAGGACUUUAAUUCUGUGAUUGCCUUCUUCCUGGGCACCGCGGCCUGCCUGUACCAGUGCUACCUGUUCUGCUACUUCUCGGUGUGGAGGAACAGCAAGUCCUUCCUGGCGCUGGCGCUCAUCUGCCUGUCCAACAUGUAUCUGUACGAGCUGAGGAACGUGUGGCAGAUCCUCUUCCACGUGGCGGCGGGAGCCUUCAUGACGCUGCAGAUCCGGCUGAGGCAGCCGCUGGGCAAGGCGCCGGACUACAACGUCUGACGGACUGUAGCCAGCCGACAGGCGGACGUGCUGCUGGAGGCGCGGAGCAGAGACUGCCGCGGAAACCGCGGAAACCACGGAAACCACGGCGACGCUGCAGCCUCGUGCCUGGACCUGCUGAGAACUCUGUGGCCUGGAACAAGCCCUCGGCCGUGAGGGUUCCUGGAGGUGUUGGGGUGUUUAUACAUAAAAGCAUGUGUUCUCCAGCUGGUCUCCAUGUCGGCUGGUGUGUGAGAAGACGAGACAAAUCCUGGUUUCAUUAUUUAUGCAGAAGAUUUCAGGAAGCAAAGCAAAAAAGCUUCAGAUGAGCAGAAGAAAAAUCUUCAUUGUCAGUUUUCAUUUCAAACGUUUUUAUUUAAAUUUCAUGUUUGACCAAAACCUGUAAGUAAAUGUUGAUGUUGAGGUGUGAGAACUGCGUCUGUCCACCGUGUUUCCUGUCUGUCCUGUUUUGCGGAGUGACUUUGUUUUCUUUCUUUUGAAGACAUGCUUUUAUAUAUAAAUGAGGGGUUUGUGAGUC